GCCGCAAAAUGAGAAGAAGAAGUGCGCUUGUUUGCGGAAGUGUCGGUACAAACGCGAAACUAAUACGAUUGUUUUUGUUGUUGUUGUUGUUUUUUAUUUGCUAAUCUCGAAUGAGUCCUUAAAAAUGGAUCAUUUAUCACCCACUGCGGCGAUGGCAGGAGGAAGCUCCAUGAAACAUCGUAAUGGCGUGAAACCGUGGACCGUAGUGGCCAUGUCUGGAGUUGUUUCUGCUGUAGUUGUAGUUGCUAUCGGCGCUUUUUGCGCACUUCUGGACCCCAUACUGCAAGAGUUGCGGGCGGGCAGAGUGAAGAAAGAGGAUGGGGCAGAAGUGAGGAUGUUGGGUUUCUGGAGUGUCCUGGUUCUCUCUGUGUUGGCUGGACUCAGCUGCUGUGUCUUCUCAUGGACUCUGACUUACCUCAACUCUUACAAACCAGGCCUGCGGCCACCAACACUGCUAGCACUGUGCAGUUUCAGAGACAAACACAACAGAGAUUUCCUCUUGGAUUACGGUGUUGCUCUCCUCAAUGGCGCCAUGGCAACGCUUACUGCCAUCUGGAGCCUGACCUGACUUGAUCCGAUGUUUUUGUCCAUCAGUGAGCGAUGCCCGUUAUACAGUUUUCAGCAAUGAACUAUUCACUUUGAAAAUAUUGGAGAAUUUUUCUUUUUCAUCCAUGUCAAAAUUUGAAUACAAAGUCUAAACAAAGAUGAUUUGGCAUUGGUACCAUACGUCAUUCCAGCAUCAAGUAACUUUUUUCCUGUCGUAGGCCGCAGAAGACAUUCAAAACCUCUCCACACAUUUUGAAAUAUGCAUUUUAAUAAUAGAAACAACAAACAAAUACAAAGGCAGUGUUGAGGUGGAAUUAAAUGACAUUUAAUUGUCAUCCAAGUAAGAAAAUAAUGUUAACCUCUACAGAAUUCAGUGUUCGAAAGCUCAUAAUAGUGAUACAUGGAGACAGACAUACAAUCUCUCAACCACUCCGAACCAUACACUCAUCGCACCUCUUUGUUUGGUUUACAAUUCACUAACAAAUCAAGAGUUUAUAACACCCUCACCAAAUACACAACAGUACAUUCUUCAUCAUCUUUUGCUGUGCCUUGUGAUUUCAGGCGCACACAUAUACAUUAACUGUAUUUUUUUUUAAAAGGGAACAAGAGAAAGUACACGUAAAAUAUAAUAUUGCUUUCAAGUCAAAGGCCCCCGAUUGAUACAAACAAAAUCAGACAAGACCUAAGUAUACAGCAUGUCUUUCUGUGUCAGUGCAGUCAGUUUAAUACUAAUGAUUCUGUUCCGUGAGUGGCAGAAGUGCUUUGUUGGAUGUAAACAAGCAAAAAAA